AUGCCUUACACGUCGCCUUACCCUCCAUUAGAUAUUCCAAAAUGUAAUAUCCUCUCAUAUGUCUUCCCCCCAGAGAAGACGCCAUCCGACAAACCACUAUGGAUGGAUGCCGAGAACCCUUCCCACAGUCUUUCGCCAGCCCAGAUGCUGUUGUGGGUCAAGAGAUUCGCUGUUGGUCUUGAUCGACUUGGCGUCAAACAGCAACAGGCGGUCAUGGUUUUUACGCCAAAUCAUAUUUAUGUCCCAAUGGUGUAUCUCGCCGCUGCCGGAUCGAAGCGCUUCUUUACCGGCGCCAAUCCUAUCUACACGGUCCAGGAGGUCGCCCACCAGAUGAAGGCAAUUGAAGCAGCGGUCGUGCUCAUCCAUCCAUCCUUGCUCGACACCGGUCUGGCUGCAGCCAAACAAGCCAACAUCCCCCUGAACAGGCUUUUCAUCUUCUCGGAUUCCGAAUCUCCAACCACACACGGCGUCAGGGAUUGGCGGUCAAUGGUCGCCUCAGAAGCCGAGGCCGAGUCUUGGAAAUGGGAUCCUCUUGAAGGAGACGCCGCCCUGCAAACGGUUGCCGCCAUUAAUUUCUCUAGUGGAACCACUGGUCUGCCCAAAGGCGUGUGCAUCACGCAUCGCAACCUCAUUUCGAACGCGGCGCAAACAAUCUUCAACAAGUACGAGGGCACUCAGUACUCUGAAAAAGAUCCCGGUCCUGAGCGUUGGCUUGCAUUUCUCCCCUUGUAUCAUGCCUACUCGCAGUUGUGGACCAUCAACAUUGCCUGCCGGCUUCAAGUCCCCGUCUAUGUCAUGCCCAAGUUUGUGUACGAAGACUUCUUGAGGCACAUCGAAAAAUAUAGAAUCACGACCCUGCAGUUGGUCCCGCCUGUUCUUGUCAUGCUGAGCAAACGACCCGAGACGGUUAAAUACGACAUCAGCAGCCUCCAACAAAUUCUCUGUGGCGCCGCUCCGCUAAAAAGUGAUUUACAGAACGAAAUCAUGAACCGAUUCAACGUUGUUGUGGUUCAGGGCUGGGGCAUGACUGAGACGACAUGUGCCGGCAUCAUGAUGCCAGGCAUGACCAAGGACCUGACCGGCUCGAUCGGUUAUCUCCUACCCAACACCGAGGCGAAGCUCAUAGAUGACGACGGCAACGAAGUGACCGUGGAAGGCGAACCGGGUGAACUCUGGCUGAGAGGACCGCAGAUGCUGCUUGGCUAUUGGAGAAACGAACAAGCCACCAAAGAGAGCAAGACGGAAGACGGCUGGUUCAAGACCGGAGACGUUGCCGUCUGCAAGGGCAGCAAGUGGUGGAUCGUCGACAGGAAGAAGGAGCUCAUCAAAGUCAACGGAUUGCAAGUUGCACCGGCAGAAUUAGAGGCGGUCCUGCUUGAGCAUGACGAUGUCGCAGAUGCAGCAGCCGUGGGAAUCACUGUCCACGGUGAAGAGCUCCCACGAGCCUAUGUAGUUCUGCAAGAGCGGGCCAAGGGCAAGACGACCGAGGAGGACAUCAAGGCUUUCGUGGCGAGCAAGGUAGCCCGGCACAAACGGCUAGCUGGCGGCGUCAAGUUCAUCGACGAAGUGCCCAAGCUUGCUAGCGGCAAGAUUGUGCGCAAAUUGAUGAAGGAGUGGGCGAAGAGGGAUGCAGCGGAGGUGGAAAGGACCGUGAAAGCGAGACUAUAG